CACGGCAGUUGAAUCUGUUUAAUUCAAUCUUUCGAAACAGACAAACCGAUUUCCCUUUGCAUAUUAGUUUUCCCAGUCAGGCUAUUUUGGUUGCAUUCGUUCUGUUGCUUUGUUACAUUAUAGCGUUUGAAAUGUGUGUCACUAUUAUUGUUGACCUGACAGCAGGAGUCAAUUGUGUAUAUGGCUGGCUAAGUAGGUCAUUUGUAUAAUGGCUUUAUUUUCCUGGUUCGUGGUGUUGUCAUCAACAGCGUUGGAGUGGACCGCUGAGUUGCAACGCGGGUACUCGUCUCAAGAGGGCGCCACGAUUAUCUUCAUUGCAAUACCUGUGAUUAAGAGCAGAAUCGGGAAGUUUUUGCUCUAACGUUUAACGUUGUGAAGAAAUUAGGAGGAAAGGCGAAUUGAAUUAUACGUACUAAUCGGAACCGUGGACACUCGGAGACCAGUGUUUUCUGAUGCCAAUUAAAAUUUCAAUUGAGGCGAAGGAGACUGCUGAUGCUGGAAUCUUGAGCAAAACGCAAAGCGCCUGAAAACUCAGCGGGACAGGCAGCAUCUGUGGUGGAAAUAGAUAGGCGACCUAUCGGUUUGGGACUCUUCAGAUAGAUUCUGAAUUGAAACCAAAUUUGAAUAGGUUUACCCAGCAUGUGGAUCAAGGAUAGUCAUUCUAAUCCAUGUGAAUUUUAAUGUGGUGGUGCGGGUCUUUUCUCAGUAUCCAAUCCCUGCUAAAUGCUGCCAGCGGAAUUCCAGCACUUUAUCAGUGUGUAUUUUAAUCUAAAAGCCCUGAGUUAUGAUAGUGUCAUGAUUCCCCACUGCCUAUCUAUCUACCUCAAUGUCCAUUUGAGUGAAGAUGCUUUAAGGUAUCCAGAGAUAGUUUGUGGAACCUCACAUGGAGUAUCCAGUGUGAAAUAUCCUCUAUAACUCCUAUAUAUAUACCUGAUAUAUCAUUUAUAUCCUCUAUACCUGCUAUAGAGGGAGUGCAGCGAACAUUCUCCAGGUUGGUUCCUUGGGUGGCAGGUCUGUGAUGUGGGGGUGAUUGAGUAGAGUAUGCCAUUUUAUUAAAAGUUCAGAACAUUGAUUUCACUGUAAAAUUGUCACAGAGCUCAGCAGGAUAGUUGAAGGAAAUACAUUUCUCCUUGUUCAGGAAUCUAGAGUUAGGAUUCACUGUUUGCAAAAUAAAAUACAUUUCAGACUGGAGUAAGGUGAAAUUUUGUUCACUUUUGUAAUUCUCCAUCCGUAUGAGUGGAAUUGAGAGAUAUACGGACAGACCAGGAAAAUGGUGUUAUUGUAAAUCAACCAAGGUUUUUUUGAAGGUGUUGGAGCAGCUCAAGGGACUCCAUGGUCUAUUACUAUUCCUUUUUCUUCUGUUGUUAUAAUCAUUGUUACUGUUUAAGCAGUUGCUGCACUUUUACUGCCUUUCGGACCAACAGCUCAAUCCUAUUAUAUUUCUCAUUUGAUUUAUUGCCAGCAAGCAAACUUCACAUCAUGAAUCUAACGUUAGAAUCUUAUGUGCAUUUUAUUGCAAGUAAUAUUAAAUGGAAGUGGAUUCUCGGUAUACAUAUCUUCCUUUAGCAAGAAAAUUGUUAAUGAACCUCAAUAUUUACAAAUAUUAUCUAUAAGCAUUAAGAAAAUGGAAGCAACGUAUUAACUAUAAGUAUCUGAAUUGUGUCAAUUAUUCUAUUCAUACGAGUGUGGGGCUUUAACCAUUUUCAUUCUCAAAACAAACAAAGAAAUGAAAUGUUUGCUUUAUCAUCAUUUCAUCCUAUUCUGUAAAUAGAAAUAGGGUCAUAGUUACAGUUGAGUAAUACAAUAAGCACAGUGUCAAUGGGUACUUGUAGAACAUUUUUUGUUUUUUACGGCAAGGUUUUAUAGAAUAAAGAUAAACAAGGAUUAUAUUACAUAUAUUGUUUCUAAUUAUGAAUAAACCUUUAAAAUGUAAGUCUGCUUGCUUUCUCCUUACAAAUAUAGAACACUUUUGUGGAAACAGGUUAUAUCAUUGCGACCUAACAAUUGUGACAUUUUUUUUGUAGUUCAGCAAAUGUCAUAACUUGAAUUUUUUUAAUGAAAGUAUUUACAUUCAAUGAAUUGGUGUAUGAAGAGUUUGAGGAAGUUGGGAAUUGAGUUGAUAUUUCUGGGUGGCAUAGUGGUGCAGUUAGUUAGUAAAUCCUCACAGUGCCAGAGACCCAGGUUUAAUCCUGACCCUGGGUUCCGUCUCUGGAGUUUGGCCAUGUGGAUUUUCUCUGGGUGGUCUGGUUUCCUCCUACAUCCCAAAGAUGUGCUGGUUGGUAGGCUAAUCUUCAAUCUGAAAUAAUGUGAGGAAAGUGAAGAGAGUGUGGGGGAGAAUAAAAGUAAAAUUAGAUGGCUCAUGAUUGGUAGGCCAGUGCCCAUUUCCUUUCUAUAUCUUUCUGUAACUCAAUGAUAAAUAGUUAAAUAAAUAAACAUUUGAAUGCAUUACUUAAUUAAAUUAUUUUUAGCACAUUUCUGUGGAGAAUAAAGACCAUCAAUUUGUUAGGGAAUUGAUAAUGAUGUUAGAUAUUGGCAUGUUUGAAGAUAAUAUAUUUCUAAGCUAGUGGACAUGGAAUGUUAUAGUUAUAUGUUAUUGUUACCCUGACUGCAGCAUUAAUAAACACAUUUGACCAGGAUAUUAUUUCUCAGCCCGUCACUUGCCUUCUGACAUUUAAACUAGUUAUUGAAAAACCUUAAAAUUCAUCAUACCAUUUACAACAAGAAUGGGAAAUGUCCCCACAUAAAUCAUAAAUUUAUCAGGGAAUUAUUGUUGAAUUAUUUUUAAAUAUGUUUUUUUGUUCCCAUUUAAGCAUCGACCCUGAAGAACUGAAUUGAUAUUUUCAUGUUUUAACAGCUGACUAGUUUAUUUAUUGUGAAAAGUAACUCAUGAUUUCAAAUAAUCAACCGUUUCUGGGAACUUCCUUUGCAGAAAUUAUUUAACAAUAAAAAAUAGAGAAGUGCUCUACCAAGUAGUGAAAAUCCGCAUUAAAAUAUGCAAAAUCAUAUGGAUUUGUUUGGAUGUCGAUAAAAUCACAGCGUAAUUGAAAGACUUCUUCUAUCAAGUCCAACAAUAAAUCUUGCAGCUGUUUUGAAAUCCAACCGGUAAUGAAGAUCUGGGUGCAAUUAAGGUUUCAGAUUUCAUUUGUGUUGCAAACAGUGAAGGUUUGGAAGUAGAAGCCAGCUAAUGGAAGAAACAUUUUCAAUGAGGUAUAUUCUAGAAAAUAGUUAAGAACAUUUUUGUCCCAUCAGCCGUACAUACACGUGAGGACAAAGUUGACAUAAUGGAAGCACAGAGACCAGCUCUCCAGAAAAAUACAGGAUUGGUUGGAUCUUGCGUUUCUGGGGAACAAAUGAUGGUAUUAGCUCCUGCUUUUGAAAACAGUGCAGAGACUUUAUCUGCAGAUGACAGUAUGAUGAGUGAUGACAUGAGCAUUGGGUCUCUCAAACAAAAGUCUUCGACUUGUCGCAGAAAGCGGGAAUUCAUCCCUGAUGAGAAGAAAGAUGCACUAUACUGGGAGAAGAGAAGAAAAAAUAACGAAGCGGCCAAAAGGUCACGUGAGAAGCGGCGUUUGAAUGAUAUGGUUUUGGAGAACAAACUUAUGGCAUUAGGUGAGGAAAAUGUAAGACUGAAGUCGGAGCUUUUAGCUUUGAAAUUAAAAUUCGGAUUAAUUACUGCGGCAUUUUAUGCCCAGGAAAUACAGAAUCUUGGAAAUUCUCCAGGGCCAUGUUUUCAAGACUAUAAACCCUCCAACAUAAAUUUAGCUGCUUUCCAACCAGAACAUGAACAUAAUUUCCUUGCAAAUGGCUGUAUUUCCGUCAUUAAACACUCUCCACCAAGUUCAUUGUCAGAUGUUUCGGAAACGUCUUCAAAUGCCAGGGAAAGUCCCCUUCUCCAAGUUGCAUGCAAAAGCCCAACCAGUACUUUCAAUGUUAUAAAAAAAGAACCUCUGGAAUUCAAACUAGAUACCGGGACCUGCUUAAGGGAACCCAGUGAGGAUAAUGGUUCAUAUAUUGCAACUGUGUACAGGAACUACAUUGGGAAUGCUUUCAAUGGAAAUUAUACCCAUUCACCACCUUCUUUACAGAUUACUAGAUCAUCAAGUAAUUCCCCAGGAACAUCAGAAGCCGAUGAAGGCAUCCAAGGGAAAAAUACAUCUGAAGAAGAUGGAGAAGAUGAACAGCGUGUACCAAAAGGUCCAAUACCCUCUCCUGUAGAACCAAAAACUGUGAGCAUUGCCACGGUUAAGUUUCAUGACUCAAAUUCUUCUGCACUGCCUCACAAGCUUCGCAUCAAGGCUAGAGCAAUGCAGAUUAAAGUAGAGAAUGCGGAGGCACAUUAUGCAACGACAGGGAAACAACCAUCUGCCAGCAAUAUUUCCACUGAAAAAUCUUGCUCAUUAGACAGUGCGACAAUGUUUAAAUGCAAUUCUUCAAAGCCAGUACACUCUUCUCUUGCUCCUUUGUCUAUUCAGGUUGCAAGCAUCAAUGAUUGGUCUCAGAAACCAGAACUCUGGCGUCAAAAGGAGAUUGAAGAGAAAUUGGAAGGGGCAUAUAAAAAUGUUCAGCCAUGCUCUCCAGUUGCACUAACAAACCAAUUGGUUAAUUCUGGGAAGGACUCUGCUUGCAAUGGCAUUCACCAAGGGGCACGCUUGGAAUCUGAGAACUUGUACUUAAAACAAGGAAUUGCAAACUUAAGUGCAGAAGUUGCAUCAUUGAAAAAACUGAUAGAAAAGCAGCAGGUUACUGCUUCAGACACUGGCAAAUGCACUACCAAGAAAAGACUUGCCAACUAAGAUUCUAAAAUGAAGUAGAGUAGUACAUUUUAUAUUAUGCUAAAUUUUCACUGGAACUGUUGUCAUUUCACUGUAGUUAAAUUGUGAUUUCUUGUAAAUGCUUAUGUACGUUCUGAAUUGUACAUUAUGAAAUUUGUCUUUUGUGACUUUGUGAUAAACAUAGUCUGAUGAAAACAUUCACUUCUGUACAUUCAAAUGCCUGAUUCAAUGCUACAGAUGAAUCUUUUACCUUUUUGUUUUAUCAGACAUCAAAAAGCAAAAUAUCAGGUACAAUAAUUAAACUGUUGAUGAAUAA